AUGGGGGAGAUCUCGAGGACCUGGUGGAUCGUGAUCGGGAUAGCCACCUUCUUCGUCGUAGUCAUUUGUGAGUGUGAAUUGCUCGGCGCCAAGGGCUGGGGGGAUGCGCCUGCGGUUCGGGGCAACCUUGCCGCCGCAGCGCACUGGCCAAGGCGUCGUCGGUGCGGCUCGCUCGAGGCGCCUGAGCGGCGUUGGCGCUCGUCGCUCCGAUCGCUCAGUGAAGCGGGGCCCCACUCGCGGCGAUGCUCGUGAAACCAGCCCAUCACCAGCUCCUCGACUUGAGCCCUUGUGCUCAGGCACCGUGCAGGGCCCAAUCUUAGUCCCCGAUACUAAUGACCAUCGAUACCAUGCGAUAAUCACCGCACAGCUCUCGUCUUUGGUCUUCAAUUGGUGAUGCGAUGCAACCAACGCAGCCGGGAUCGUCAAAUGGAGGAGGGGAAACGCGCCAACAAGAUCCUCGGCAAAAGUACGUCUCACCCCUGACGACUCUUUUGACCCCUGAGCGCGCAGAACAUCCCAUCUGAUCCUGCUCACUUUCGCUCCUUUCGUCAGCUCGAGAGUCUUCUUCUGGAAGUGCCUCCGAUUCGACCGACUCGCUCGACAAGGAGAAAGAGAAUAUGUCCACUGUGUCCAGUGCUCAGCUCUCCUCGCUCAAUCUCGCAAGUCGACCUCUCUCAGCCGCCCCUUCAUUCUCGACCCUUCCCAUCCCCCACACCGUGUCCACGAUACCCACCGCCCGAUCCCCGCAAGGUUAUGCUGUACACCCACUCCACAACGCCGAACGCUUGAUCUCCAAAUCGUACGACUCGUUGCGAAGCUCGCCCCUCGCCGGUCCACCAACCACGAGUUCCGCCAGUGUCACCGGCGGUCCACCGAGUCGAGCAUCAUCGUCCCUGUCCAAGAACUCUAGCCCGCCUAGCUCCCCCAAAAUUCCCAAGAGCUCGACGAGUCGUUCGACCGCUUCGCGCACCCCGUCCCCGAGUGUGGUUCAAGAGGACUCAGAAGAGGGCAGCACGGCAGGUGAACCAUCCGGCGACUCGGAUACGUCAGCGGCGGAGGAGGAGGCCCAGCGUCCCGUUGAAGCUGCCGGAUCCCCGUCAUCUAGCACCGCUCCACGCCUUUCGUUGUCUGACUUGCCUCAUUUCGAUACCGGAUUGAUGGGCGAGGAGAUCACUCGUGGGGAUCAUGGCAAGGAGGCUUGA